CGGCAAGGCUACACGGCAGCACCAUGAGUUACGUUCCAGCACCAGGCUACAUGCCAACCUACAACCCGCCGCUCCCUUACAAUAAGUUUGUCCCCGGCGGACUCCGACCUGGGAUGUCCAUCUACGUGCAAGGGACGGUACCCCACCACACCAAGAGAUUCCGGGUGAACUUUGCCUGUGGCCCAGAAGAUGGAGCGGACAUCGCCCUGCACUUCAACCCCCGCUUUGACGGCAAAGACAAGGUCGUCUUGAACACCUUCGAGAGGGGCAAGUGGGGGAGAGAGGAGGUCCAUAGCAUGCCCCUCCACAAAGGGAAGCAAUUCGAGAUCAUCUUUGUGGUCAAUAACGAUGGAUACCAGCUCAUGGUGAACAGGAAUCCUUUCUGCAACUUCGGGCACAGGAUCCCUCCGGAGCGCGUCCAGGUCGUGAGCGCCGACGGAGACCUGGAACUACAGUCUUUGACCCUCAUGGGUGGGGCCCCGAUGCCAGGCGGGGGCAUGCCACCACAAUCUUUUCCGCAGAUGGGGAUGCCGGGCAUGAUGCCGGAUUUUGGGUACGGACCUUCCAACCUUCCUGGUAUUCCGAAUUAUGGCUACGGACCUACAAACCUCCCAGUGAUGACAGCUCCGACUUCCUACCACCCGCAAGUACCCUACGUGGGAAAUCUUCCCGGAGGCCUGGGUUCAAAGAGGACCAUCAUCUUGAGAGGAUUCAUCCCACAAGAUGCUAAAAAAUUCCACAUCAACUUUAAAGCCGGCCCCCAAGAUAUCAUCCUGCAUAUUAACCCCCGCAUGGACGAGCGGGCCGUGGUGCGGAACAGCUACCUGAAUGGCCGCUGGGGUCCGGAGGAGCGAGAGCUGACUUUUAACCCCUUUCAGCGUGGACAGUACUUUGACCUUUCUAUCCGCUGUGGCAACCAGCGCUUCAAGGUUUUUGCCAACGACCAACAUCUCUUCGAUUUCAAUCAUCGUUUCCAGAACUUCCAGCAAAUCAACAUGCUUGAGAUUGCUGGGGACGUGGUUCUCUCAUACAUCCAGUACUGAGCUGGUGGGG